ACGCUGCGCCCCUCCACCACUAGUCUCCCGGCAGUGGCGGCUGCAAGUAGAGUGUCGUCCAAUCCAGUGCCUCCUGCUGGCUCCCUCAUGGCAUCCUGGCACCAACUGGCAUUGGUCCUGGUUCUUAUAACCACGGCUGCCCUGCCCAGCUCCUCACAAAGGUUGGCGCCGAAGCUGGACCUAUGUCCCCUGGCUUGGGAUAUCUCCCCGUGCACCUGUACCUGGGAUGAGGACCUCGGCCAGCCAGACCUCUACUGCCCACACAUUCAGAGCCUCGGCCAGCUACAAGACAUCUUCGUGACGGCGUUCUUCCCGGUCAAGCGCUUCUGGAGGAUCAGAGUGUCUGAGGCUCCGCUGGGAGACCUGCCUGAGGACGUCUUCAACGAUGUCCAGUUCGACGAAGUUCAUCUCAACUCGUGCAACAUCACCUCCGUCCACCCCGACGCCUUCCGGGUCUCCAGACCCAACAUGGACACCCUAGAGAUGUACUCCAACUUGCUCACGGACAAGAGCUUCCCAUGGAGCAGUCUGGCAGAGUACGCGCAGCUGUGGCGCGUCAACCUCGAAAACAACCUCUUCUCUACCUUUCCCAACCUCACCACGGAGACACUCGAGGACCUCAACCUCUGGGGAAACCCCGUCACCACUUUCACGCGAGAGGCGCUGCAGGGAGCACCGAAUCUCAGGAUAUUAGAGGUAAGCCCUUAUCUGGAGAGCUUCCCUGAGGACGCCUUCCAGGACCUGCACCAACUGGAGGAGCUCCACCUGAGUCACAAUCUGCUGGGUGACCUCCGUCGGGGUCAGGUCACACUCAACUCCCCAGCAUUCAAGUACCUGUACAUCGCUGACAACGCCAUCAGUAGCAUAGAGCCAGACGCUAUUACUGGAGUGACCAGCACGCGACUUAAGAUCUUCCUUCAAGACAACCUGCUGACCAAAGUGGAGGAGGAGGUGUUCUUGCCCCUCAUGGCUCGCAUGCUCGACGGCUGGGGAGAACUCGAACUCCAGGGUAACCCGCUGGUGUGCGACUGUGACAUGUUCUGGUUCCUCAGCAACGACACUCUGCUCGACAACGUCCGCUCUGGUUCCUGCGGCGGAGUCGACCUCCACGACGUCGACAUCUCUUCCUGGAAUUGCUAGUAGCGGUGUCAUCCCUUGAAAAGGCUGGCGUACCUCCACAUCUUACGCUGGAUCUUGCAUCAGCUUCUACAUCCCCCCUUCCCUCAAGAGACAUUAAUAUCAUCGUCUACCACAGAAAUUGUUAGAGCUGCCAAUAUUACCUGGAACUGUCAGAGACGUGAUGGGUGUGGCGCAGGUCCUGUAAAAACACAUUUAUCCCAUUUAGUGUAGGAUAUGUCAUCAAUAUGGUCCAAGAGUCACCCGUUCUCUUCCGAGUGCAUGUUGAUGUAACCAAUUUUUUUGGCAGCUGAAGCCAAUACUAUUUCGACAUUUCUUUACAGCAGAACUUGUGUAAGGGUUUUAAGUGAAACAGAUACCAAUAAAACUUAAUAAUAAUAAAAAAAA